AUGUCUUCAACCGAGCGUCUUCGGAAGAACCCCGACACCGAGGCGCGUGAGGUCAAUAGGCAAGUCGCCGUUUUAAAGACUGCUGAGCUCCGCCAGCUAGACAAGGACAUUCUCGAUCUCACGGAAGACGAGGCUAUUGAAGGAGAAGUCGAGGGCGCAAACGACUACCACGAGAAGAUUCUGUACGCGAUUGCUGAUGCGCAGUUCUUCCUGUCACAGCGUCAACAGGCGACCGGUCUCAGCGGCCUGUCUAGGAGUGAACCCAAUGACGAGCGGGUAGCAGCCACCCAGAGCAACAUCGGAUCUGCUGGGGCGCCGCCAGGACCCGUCAGUACGCCACGCUACCGGUCGGUCGCGCUUCCGACGCUUCAGGUCCCGACGUAUGCCGGAGAUUUACGUCAGUGGCAAGAAUUCUGGGACCAUUACAGUGCCACGAUUCACGAGAACACCGAGUUGCCGCCCAUCGAGAAAUUUAAGUAUUUGCUGACGUACCUGACGGGAGCGGCCAAGCGAGCUAUCGAAGGCAUCAGGCUGGCUGAUAACAACUAUGAAAUUGCCGUGACAACACUGAAAGAGCGCUUCGGUCGACAGGAAUUACUAGUCAGCGAGCACAUCGACCAGCUUCUUGCAUUGUCGCCCGUGAGGAGUUCCAAGGAAGUGGAGAAGCUUCGUGUGCUGCAUGACACCGUGCGUUUCCGCGUAAGUGCGCUCGAAGGUCUUGGUGUACCACCUGAGCAGUACACUGUGGUGCUGCAUCGGGUGCUAAUGAGGUGCUUGCCAGAAGACUUGGCGAUAAUGUACCGACAGAAGAAGAAGGAGGAGAGCACGCACGGUACUAAUGCAUCAACAGAGUCCACACCCCCUGAAGCGAGAACGCACAAGGCGACCGACAUUUUAGCGUUCCUGAAAAUCCAGGUUGAAGUGCGUGAGGAAGGGAAGCAAGAAGCGGCGUCAUCGUAUACGCACAACUCGAUCACGGUACCUGGUGACAGAAAUUCGCCGACAAGAUCUGCCCAUGCCUUUCAAUCGGCAUCUGCGCUUGCUGUGACGGAAUCCCUACAGCAGCGAACUCGGUCUUGCGUACUGUGA